GGCUCCAGAAGAGAGGAUGCUGUCUGGUACUGGGGUACAUGUCCAAGGAAAAGUUCCUGAGGAUGAAUGAAGGUCAAGUAUACUCCUUCAGCCAGCAGCCCCAGGACCAAGUGGUGGUAUCAGGACAGCCAGUGACACUGCUCUGUGCCAUCCCAGAGUAUGAUGGCUUUGUUCUCUGGAUCAAAGAUGGCCUGGCACUGGGUGUAGGCCGGGAUCUCUCACGUUACCCACAGUACCUAGUGGUAGGAAACCACUUGUCUGGGGAGCACCACCUGAAGAUUCUUCGGGCAGAGCUGCAAGAUGAUGCUGUGUAUGAAUGCCAGGCCAUCCAGGCCGCCAUCCGGUCACGUCCCGCCCGCCUCACUGUUCUUGUGCCUCCUGAUGAUCCAGUCAUCCUGGGAGGACCAGUGAUCAGCCUUCGUGCGGGAGACCCCCUCAACCUCACCUGCCAUGCUGACAAUGCCAAGCCAGCUGCCUCUAUUAUCUGGAUGAGGAAAGGAGAGGUCAUGAAUGGGGCCACCUACUCCAAGACCCUGCUUCGGGAUGGAAAGCGGGAAAGCAUUGUGAGUACCCUUUUUGUCUCACCUGCUGAUGUGGAAAACGGACAGCGCAUCGUGUGCCGAGCCACCAACAAAGCCAUCCCUGGGGGGAAGGAGACGUCGGUCACCAUCGACAUCCAGCAUCCACCCCUCGUCAAUCUGUCUGUGGAGCCACAGCCAGUGCUAGAAAAUAAUGACGUCAAAUUCCACUGCUCUGCAAAGGCCAACCCAGCAGUCACCCAGUACAGGUGGGCCAAGAAGGGCCAAGUGAUCAAGGAAGGAUCUGAGGAUUCCUAUGAGACCACUGUGGACCACACGUUCUUCUUCGAGCCAGUCUCCUGUGAAGUCACCAAUGCACUGGGCAGCACCAACAUCAGUCGCACAGUGGAUGUCUACUUUGGCCCUCGAAUGACUUCUGAGCCUCAGUCGCUGCUGGUGGAUCUGGGCUCCGACGCUGUCUUCAACUGUGCCUGGACGGGGAACCCGUCACUAACCAUCGUGUGGAUGAAACGUGGCUCUGGGGUGGUUUUGAGCAAUGAAAACACUCUGACUCUGAAAACUGUCCGGCAAGAGGAUGCUGGCAAAUAUGUGUGCCGAGCUGUUGUUCCCCGAGUGGGGGCUGGGGAAAGAGAGGUGUCAUUGACUGUCAAUGGGCCGCCCAUCAUCUCCAGCACCCAGACCCAGCAUGCCUUGCAUGGCGAGAAAGGGCAAAUCAAGUGCUUUAUCCGGAGCACCCCUCCACCAGACCGAAUCGCCUGGUCCUGGAAGGAGAAUGUCCUCGAGUCAGGGACCUCAGGACGUUACACAGUUGAGACUGUCAGCACUGAAGAGGGUGUCAUCUCUACACUAACCAUCAGCAACAUCGUUCGGGCUGACUUCCAGACCAUCUAUAACUGCACAGCCUGGAAUAGCUUUGGCUCUGAUACAGAGAUAAUACGACUCAAGGAGCAAGAUCUGAAAGGUGUUGUGUCCGCAAAAAAUGACAUCCGAGUGGAGAUCGUCCACAAGGAGCCCGCCUCUGGGAGAGACGCUGAGGAGCACCCCACCAUCAAGCAGCUGAUGAUGGAUAGAGGGGAAUUCCAGCAGGACUCCGUUCUGAAGCAACUGGAGGUGCUCAAGGAGGAGGAGAAGGAAUUUCAGAACCUAAAGGACCCCACCAAUGGCUACUACAGUGUCAACACCUUCAAGGAGCACCACUCCACCCCCACUAUCUCCCUCUCCAGCUGCCAGCCUGACCUACGCCCUGCUGGAAAGCAACGAGUCCCCACAGGCAUGUCCUUCACCAACAUCUACAGCACCCUGAGUGGCCAGAGUCGACUCUACGACUACGGGCAGAGAUUUGUGCUGGGCAUGGGCAGCUCAUCCAUUGAGUUAUGUGAGCGUGAGUUCCAGAGAGGGUCACUCAGCGACAGCAGCUCCUUCCUGGACACGCAGUGUGACAGCAGCGUCAGCAGCAGUGGCAAGCAGGAUGGCUAUGUGCAGUUUGACAAGGCCAGCAAGGCCUCUGCCUCUUCUUCCCACCACUCCCAGUCCUCCUCCCAGAACUCGGACCCCAGCCGACCUCUGCAGCGGAGGAUGCAGACUCACGUCUGAAGGACCCAGACCCAUGGGAAAGGGAUUGGAGAGGGAGAAUAGGGCACCCUGAUGUCCAAGGGGACUGUGGGAAACCGUGGAGGGGACCCCAGGACUAGCUGAUACCUAGGACAGCAUCAUGCCCCUACCACCAUCCCACUUCAGAGCUCUGAUCAAGCACAAAUCUCUCUCCCUGACCAUGGCAUGGGAAAUAUGGACAAAGAGCAUAGCUGAGGGCAUAGAGCCCAAUGCUGGACAACCUCCUGCCCCCAGCCCAUUUCCCAGGGACCCCAGCUCUGCUGCCUUCCCUUCCCACAGGUACUGGUAGCAGCUACCACUUUGCUUUAAUGAAACUGCUGUCCACUCUUGGGGCUCUAUCCCCCAGGUACCCAUAUUUCCCCACUCUUUGUUCCUGUGCCCCUCUGCAGUCUUGGGAAAAUCGGGAAUCUCUUCCUAACACUGUCACCCCAGGCACCCCAUAUCUUUCCCUGCUGUUCAUAGCUAUUACUUUGGAGACUGGGAAGCCAGUAGCAGCCCUAAGUGGGAUGCACUCCCCUAACCAACUUGGUAGGGACACCCCCCCCCCAUUUCUGUUUAGUGUUUUGUGUCCAUAUUAUUGCAAUUCUGUCUUUGGACUCAACAUCCCUGGAUUCUGAGGCAGGGGCUGACCCCCUGACUUGGAGGCUAAUGGAGAGGGAGAAGGAUGAGGGAGAAUUCUGCACUGAAAGUAGCCCCUGCCAAAACCCACCCCCUCCUUCUGUAACAAAGAACCUCUUUGCGCUCCCCAUUGCUUUGUGUACCCCUAUAGCACAACUGGAGUUAAUAUAAGAGGUGUGAGAGCUUCUCUGGUCAGGA